UGUUCCUUUUUAGAGGAGACUUGGUCCGUUUUCAUAGCACCCAGCACUUAGAAGAAGCUCAGUUACUCAUUGCAUCCACCCACACAUCCAUGCAUCCAUCCAUUGAUCCAUGCAUGCAUGCAUGCAUCCGCCAUCCAUCCAUCAUCCAUCCAUCCACCAUCCAUCCAUCAUCCAUCCAUCCACCAUCCAUCCAUCAUCCAUCCAUCCACACAUCCAUCCAUCAUCCAUCCAUCCACACAUCCAUCCAUCAUCCAUCCAUCCUUCUACACAUCCAUCUGUCCAUACAUCCAUCUGUCCAUCCACAAUCUAUGCAUCCGUGCACCCACCCACCCAUGCAUGCAUGCACCCAUCUGUCCAUGCAUCCAUCUGUCAUCCACCCCUGCACCCAUCCAUCAUCCAUCCACCCAUGCAUGCAGGCAUGCCUCAUCUGCCUGUCCGCACAUCUACCCCUUGAUCCCUCCUCCUCUCCCUACUCUACAUACCCACACAUUCCCCCACCCACGCAUCCCCUCCCUUCAUCCACCCAGCCAUGCAUCUGCCUCUCCAUCCACUCCACAACAUUUACCAAGAGUAUUCUGUAUCUUCUACAAUAAGGAAGCUAAACAAGCAGAAAUCUGCUGGGUGCCCAGCACUCAGGUGGGCGUUAGUGACACAACAGUAACAGAUGGAGAUGCUGGCAGUGCCAUCCAGAGUGUCUGACCGGUUGGAGACGCAGACAUGAGACAAGUAGCAGUUCCGUGCCAGGUUCGGUGAAUGAACGCGGGAAUGAGCAGAUCAGUGAAUCCCUUUUCUCUGUCACUGCUGAGAGUUGAGACCCGUGGCAUCCGAGGACGCUGGGGGUGAGCACAGUUUUGUAGGUCAGGGGUUGCACAUGCAGGCCCUGGCCAGCUGAAUUUCUCGAGUAAGAUGACAGGCUUUGCACAGCUCGUUCAAUCUGUCCCCAGCUGCCAGGGCCUGCCCAGCCUGUGCAAAGGGCACUCAAGGGCAGGGCUCCCUGCUGGGGUCUCCAGCAGGAGCCAAGCUGGAAGCAAGGGCAGCUGUGAUGGGGCAUGGAGCAGGGGCGUGGUCACUGCGAAGGGAGGCAGGGAGGUGGGGCAAGUGCGAGCAGUGACUUGACUGGGAUUCCAGGGGAAGCCAGGCAGCGGUGGGCCGCAGGCUCUCUGCCAGGGCUGAGUGUGGCUUCGGGCGAGUCUCCCAGGGUCUGGUCUGGGCACUGCCCUGUCCACACAUAGGCCCUUGUGCUUUGCUGGGGAGGGCCUGUGCUGACCCCUUGCUUGCUAGCAGUACAUGCAGGGGCUCCUGGCAGCUAACCCUGUGGCUCAGCUGGUGCCUGUCUGCGGACGCUUUGUGUCUGGGCCACAGGGCCUUGCUCCAGCUCAUUCUCCCUUCAAUUGUCCACCUGUUCCUGGGUGCCCUGUUCCCAGCCCCUUGCACUCCUGCAUGCUCACACGGGUCUGCAGGGGGCCUGAACUUGGAGCCAGAGAAUCAGUGAGAGCCUGGUCCCUCUGAGCCUUUCAGGCUUUGGUUACCUUCACUGUCAAAUAAAGAAGAGGCCAGGAAUCCCCAGCUCUGGUGCAGGAGUAAUAGACGAAGCACUGGUGUGCACCAGGCAGCCCUCUGGGCUUCAGCUUUGACAUCCCUGUGGAAGUGACACUCAGCUGUAGUUCAGGGUGUGCAAGGGAGGGGAGGAUGGGCGUGGAAGAGGACAGUGCGGGCAAAUGAUCUCUGCAGGGAGGGAGCCUGUGAGAUGCACGUAUACUACGUCACUUCCUCAAAGCAAGCAAGCAGAACCCGAGGAGAAAGACCCAAUGGUGGAAUUUCAAAUCCCUGGGCACAUGUCAGGAUGGCAGUGGAGCAGAGGGAGGGAUGCCUUUUCCCCCCACUGGGGAGGGCUCAUUCCGUGUCCAGGAAGCAGAGCGGUAGGCCCAGCCUCCUAUCCCCCACGGCACGUGGGACACUUCUGAAGGAGCCCGUGCCAGUGCAUGGCUCAGGGCCCUUGUGCUGUGCCUGGAGCCUCCUGGGCUCAGGCUGGCCUCCUUGGAAUGAGCUCAGCCAGAGAAAGCACAGAUGAGAGGGAGCUGGCACGAUCCCGGAGCCAGGAGAGCACCAGACAGGCAGAGCGGAAGCUGCAAGAGCUGCAGGCGUUCCCGGAGGAAAGGGUGGUUUUGUUUUUGUUUUUAUCAACCAAGAUGCCUUUGUUUUCAAGGGACAGAAAAUUCAGCCAACACUGAAUGAAGCUACCAGGUGACUGCGCUGGCUCUUGUGAGUGCCAAGUAUGUACACAGCUCAGCUUAAGUUGCCGUUUGACCCAGCAUCCCUGAGCAGCCACCUGCUCGGCUCCUCCGUCUCCUCAGCCUUGGCCUUGUCCCCGAGUGCUGCACAGCCCCAUGUGCAGCCAUGUCACACUGUUCUUGGUCACAAAACAGCUGCCACAGCUCCGGACCUCACUUCAGCACCUGAAGCAUCCUUCAGUUCCCCAACAAGCCUUAGAUCUCACUCAUUGUCUUGAGUGAGGUCACAAUGUGCUGAGCCUGAGCCAAUCGCCAGGGCCAGGGCUUGAGAUAUUGUGAUUGGCUCAUGUGGACCCCCCAGUCAGGGCCUGGAUGCUGGCCACAUCUCACCCAAGCUACUGAGGAGCCUGAGGGGACCUCCCUUGUGUGAGUGGGGGGCAGGGUGCCUGUCCGGGCCUCUGUGGGUGGCCCAGGAGUCUGGACCUGAUUAACCGGGCUCCCCUUGGUAUGGCCGUGAGUAUGCAGGAGGCGCCAGGCCCUGCUAAGAGCACUGAGCGAGAGCCGAGAGUCCUUCGCAGAGCUGGGCUUAACUUCAGCACCAGGCUCCCUGCCCGGCAGGGCUGCGAUGGGUCAGUGCCGCUCACACGCCCCGGGCAGGCAGGGCUGCAGGAGCCUCCCCGAGAUGUUCUCCCUGGGCGAGAUCUUUGCUACCCCUGAGGGAGCUACAAACAGGGAUGGAAGAAGCGAGCCUGUGCCUUGGCGUGUCUUCGGCGGCGCCGGAAGCCGAGCCCCACCUGAGCGGCCCGGUCCUCAACGGCCAGUAUGCCAUGAGUCAGAAGUUGCACCAGAUUACAUCUCAGCUCAGCCAUGCCUUCCCGGAGCUGCAUGCGCGGCCCGGCGCCGAGGAGAAGGCCCCUGCGCCCCUGGAGGAGAAGGCGCAUGUGCCCAUGGGCGGCCAGCCCCUGGGCAGUCAGAUGGCGCUGUUGGCCAACCAGCUGGGCCGCGACGUGGACACCAGCCUCAACGGGCGGGUGGACCUGCAGCAGUUCCUCAACGGGCAGAACCUGGGCAUCAUGUCGCAGAUGAGCGACAUCGAGGAUGACGCGCGCAAGAACCGCAAGUACCCGUGCCCGCUGUGCGGCAAGCGCUUCCGCUUCAACAGCAUCCUCUCGCUGCACAUGCGCACGCACACGGGCGAGAAGCCCUUCAAGUGCCCCUACUGCGACCACCGCGCCGCGCAAAAGGGCAACCUCAAGAUCCACCUGCGGACGCACAAGCUGGGCAACCUGGGCAAGGGGCGCGGGCGGGUGCGCGAGGAGAACCGCCUGCUGCACGAGCUGGAGGAGCGGGCCAUCCUGCGCGACAAGCAGCUCAAGGGCAGCCUGCUGCAGCCGCGGCCGGACCUCAAGCCGCUGCCGCACGCGCCGCAGGCCCCGCUGGCCGCCUGCAGCCUGGCGCUGCCCGCCGCCGCCCACGGCGUGCCAGACGCCACCAAUCCGGUGCCCUCGCCCAAGCCGGCCAGCGCGCAGGAGGACGCCGUGGCCCCGGCGGCCGGCUUCCGCUGCACCUUCUGCAAGGGCAAGUUCAAGAAGCGUGAGGAGCUGGACCGGCACAUCCGCAUCCUGCACAAGCCCUACAAGUGCACGCUGUGCGACUUCGCCGCCUCGCAGGAGGAGGAGCUCAUCAGCCACGUGGAGAAGGCGCACAUCACGGCCGAGUCGGCCCAGGGCCAGGGCCCCAAUGGCGGCGGCGAGCAGUCGGCCAACGAGUUCCGCUGCGAGGUGUGCGGCCAGGUGUUCAGCCAGGCGUGGUUCCUCAAGGGCCACAUGCGUAAGCACAAAGACUCCUUCGAGCACUGCUGUCAGAUCUGUGGCCGGCGCUUCAAAGAGCCCUGGUUCCUUAAGAACCACAUGAAGGUGCACCUCAACAAGCUGUCGGUGAAGAACAAGUCCCCCAGCGAGCCCGAGGUGCCCGUGCCCAUGGGCGGCAUGGCCCAGGAGGCGCACGCCAAUCUGUACUCCAGGUACCUCUCCUGCCUGCAGAGCGGCUUGCUGGCGCCGGACAAGGCGAGCCUGGGCGAGCCUGGCCAGCUCUACGGCAAAGGGGAGCUGGCCCUAAAGGACAAGGAAGUGCUGGGGAAGCUGCUGUCUCCUGCGUCCGGCGUGGCCCACGGCCUCCCCGAGGGCGCAGGUGGCGGAGGAGGCGACAAGCACUCGCUCCUGGGCUGCCUCAACCUCGUGCCGCCGCUGAAAUCCAGCUGCAUCGAGCGGCUGCAGGCGGCUGCGAAGGCUGCGGAGAUGGACCCUGUGAACAGCUACCAGGCUUGGCAGCUCAUGGCCAGGGGCAUGGCCAUGGAGCACGGCUUCUUAGCCAAGGAGCAUCCGCUCCAGCGCAACCAUGAAGACGCGUUGGCAAACGCCGGAGUUCUGUUUGAUAAGGAGAAGCGGGAGUACGUGCUGGUGGCGGCAGAUGGCUCCAAGCAGAAAAUGCCUGCUGAUUUGGUUCACGGCUCGAAAGUGGGCAAUCCGAGGGACUUGCCGAGCAAGCUGGACCCCUUAGAAGGCAGUCGGGAGUUUUUGUCCCAGGGGCUGGGCCAGACGCUCGACUACAACCUGCAGGGCCCCGGCAACAUGAAGGAGAAGCCCACCGAGUGUCCCGACUGCGGCCGGGUGUUCCGCACCUACCACCAGGUGGUCGUACACUCCCGCGUCCACAAGCGGGACCGCAAGAGCGACGAGGACGGGCUGCACGCCGGGCUGGAGGAGCGGCGCGGCUCCGGCAGCGACCAGGAGUCCCAGUCGGUGAGCCGCUCCACCACGCCCGGCUCCUCCAACAUCACCGAGGAGAGCGGCGUGGGAGGCGGCCUCUCCCAGACCGGCAGCGCCCAGGAGGACAGCCCGCACCCCUCCUCGCCGUCCUCCUCAGACAUGGGCGAGGAGGCUGGGAGACCCACCGGCGUCCAGCAGCCGGCACUGCUGCGAGACAGGAGCCUGGGCGCGGCCAUGAAGGACUGCCCGUACUGCGGGAAAACCUUCCGGACGUCCCAUCACCUUAAGGUCCACCUGAGGAUACACACAGGUGAGAAACCCUACAAGUGUCCCCACUGUGACUACGCCGGCACCCAGUCAGCGUCCUUAAAAUACCACUUAGAGCGACACCACCGGGAGCGGCAGAACGGGGCCGGGCCGCUGUCCGGCCAGCCCCCGAGCCACGACCACAAGGACGACACGCCUGGCAAGGCGGCCCUGUUCAUCCGGCCCGACAUCCUGCGGGGCGCCUUCAAGGGGCUCCCAGGCAUCGACUUCCGGGGCGGCCCCGCCUCUCAGCAGUGGGCCUCCGGGGUGCUCUCGUCCGGAGAUCACGCGGGCCAGCCCGCGGGCAUGGCACCCGAGGCUGCUUCCGAGGCGCUGAAGGGCACCGACCUGCCGCCCAAAAGCGCCCACUUCUCCGAGAUCGGGAGGGCUUACCAAAGCAUCGUGGGCAACGGUGUGAAUUUCCAAGGGUCCUUGCAGGCUUUCAUGGACAGCUUUGUCCUCAGCUCCUGGAAGAAGAAGGACACGAAGGACAAAGCCUUGUCUGACGCUCCUCCCCUGAAAGUCCAGGGAGCCGACGGCGGCGAGGAGAAGGGCGGCGGGAAGUCCUCCCAGAGGAGACCCGAGAAGUCGCAGUACGAGCCUCUGGACCUGUCCGUGCGGCCGGACGCCGGCCCCCUCCCGGGCUCCUCGGUGACCAUGCAGGACAGCAUGGCGUGGCACGGCUGCCUGUUCUGUGCUUUCACCACGUCCUCCAUGGAGCUCAUGGCCCUGCACCUGCAGGCCAACCACCUGGGCAAAGCCAAACGCAAGGACGCCGGCGCAGGGGUGACGGUGCACUGCCAAGAGCAAGGGCGCGAGGCGAGCAAGGUGGCCCUGCUGCCGGCUGUACAAUCAAGCAAGGACAUGGCCCUGGCGGGCGUGAUGAGCGCUCUGGACUCUGCUUCCGAGAAGACGGCCCAAGGACAGGCCAAAGAGACUCUGGGGGACCAAAAGGGCGGCGCGUGGCCCAGCCACGGCGGGGACCCUGCCUUUUGUAACUUUCCGUCAGACUUCUACAAGCAGUUCGGUGUUUACCCCGGUGUGCUGGGCUCGGGGGCCUCUGGGUCCUGCCCCAACAAGGAGCUGGAGGGGAAGGCGCCCCCGGAAGACGACGCCCCCAUCCUGAUCCCCGAGGCGGCCGGCAAGAACGCCCCUGACGACCUCUCCGACAUCGCCUCCUCGGAGGACAUGGACUCCUCGCGGGGAGAGAACAACGAGGAAGAGGAUGUCGAAACGGAACCCGAAAUGAUGAGCAAGCCGCUGUCUGCGCUCGCCAAGGACGGGGGCGGCGGCGACGGCGGGGACAGCCUGCUGCCCGCGGGCGCCCCCCAGCCCGUGCAGGUGCAGGGCCUCGGCUCACCAUUAUCCCAAGCGUCGGAGAAACAGUGGCACGGCCCCGGUCUUCUUGCCGCCCAGGACCCCUCGGCGGGCCUGCCGAAGCCGGAGCGGGGGCCCCCGGGCCUGGAGAAGCCCAUGAACAUGCUGUCGGUGCUCAGGGCUUACAGCUCCGAUGGCUUAGCUGCCUUUAACGGACUCGCGAGUAGCACAGCCAGUUCUGGAUGUAUCAAGAGGCCAGACUUGUGUGGUCACAGGCCUUUCCAGUGUCGCUACUGUCCCUACAGUGCCUCUCAGAAGGGGAACCUGAAGACCCACGUCCUCUGCGUCCAUCGCAUGCCUUUUGACAACAGCCAGUACCCUGACCGCAGGUUCAAGCGCUCCCGAGUCGACUCGGAGGCUUCUGGGAAUUAUGAGGAGCCCACAGCUGUGAAGGCGGGGAGCUCAGCAGAGCUGGCGGAGGAGGGCGCCAAGUGCCAGGAGGACAGCCACUGAGCAGCCCCGAACCCUGCACCUUGCAGUAGGAUUUCACGCAGUGUUAAGGUGAUGCAUCCGGCGGAAGAGUUUGCUAACGGCAUUCCAAGGGGAAAAAAAUCACGUGCGAUGCCCCUCCUAGUGUAUAGAACCUUUACAAAAAUUUUAAAAGAUAUCUAUAUAUCUAUAUAUCUAUAUUAAAAAAAAAUCACCCAGCCCUUGAACAUGGCUGCUAAACUGUUACCUGGCAACAAGUACUUCCAAACAAUGCAGGUGGGUAGAAAAGCGAUUUCAAAAGAAUGCUUGUGUCCUCCGAGCACGAGAAAACCCGGGGGCCCUUCCAACUCGAACAUCGUCUUUGUCCCAAAAUAAUGCUCUUAACCGAAAACCGAUACCAUCUAAAUGAUUCAGUGCUGCCGUGCCGAUGGAGGGAGGCUGUGUUUUCGUUGUUGAAAACACCUCUAUCAUCUGACACCAGCUGCCGUCAUUUGCCUAGCACCCUAAUGAGAUGUGUUGGGAGGCAGCUGUGGUGCCAGUCAGACUGGAGCGGUCACUGCAGAGAAAAUCGAUUCACGUGGUGUCGUAACUGCACUCUCGGAGAAACCCUAGACGGCCGGCGGCCAGCACCAGGGCUGACCGGCACUGCAGAGGACGGCGAUCUUAAAUGUGGAUUUUUUUUUUAAAUAUGCAGCUAAAUGAAUCAAUGUUCAGGAAGUGUCUGCAGACAGAUGCCCAGUGCAGAUUUGAUGAGUGAUUCCUUUUUUUUUUUAGAUCACAUUGCAGUAGCGAGGGAAAUAUUUUUUUUGGCUGCCAUUUUUUUUUUGAAAUUUUUGAAUGGGGAAGAAGGUUGAUAUUUUACAACAAUGUCGGGUACAUGAUAUGAAAUGUUCUUAGAGAAGCUAUCCUAUCCUAUCCAUAAAGGUGCUGAUGAGAAAUGGAAAUUUACAUGAUCAUGGAAUUUGUUAAUUUUUGUUAAUUAUGAUUUUAAAAAGUUUACUUGAAUGCUGGCUGCUCCGGUCCUUAGUAUCAGAUUUUUUUUUCAAGUGUUAGUUUUUAUAAGUGUCACAGACAUGAAGCAAGAUUUUCUUCUCCAGCAAGCUCUCACGAAAUAGCUUGUAUUAAAAGGUGAAUCUGAACAUCGUGCUAUCUAUCUCUUAAUGAAGAAAACUGUUUGAAUUAGAAUGUCUGUUUUUGUAAAACAAAUGUGUUCUAUAUUUUUGUAGAUUUUAGAUUUUCUACCGAUUGGAUACUCCAAAUUCAUCAAAUUCUGCACCACACAGAAGCGACACGCUGAGGGUCGAGAAAGACACACUUCACUCACUUUAAACAAAACAAAACAAAAAAACCGAUUUCAGAAGACUCGUUAAAGGUUUCUUCUGGAAUGUGCUAGAAGGGUAUGAGUUCGGCCUUUUCGCCUACUUCUUUUGAGUGACACGACACUGGUGCUGUCGCUCGGGAUGGUAGAGAGGUGUGGAAGUAUUAACUUCUUCUAAAACAAAAUCAUUCAGACUGUAAAACAAAAAAAAAGUCAAUAUUUCCUUACAGGCUGGGAGCGCAGAAUAAAACCCCAGGGCCUUAAAAACUUCAGCUCUGCCUACAGCAGUUUACAAAAAUGCUAAACUGCAAUCAGUGUAAAUAAAAUCCUUAGCGCUAUCUAUCCUGAGCCCAGAAGGAAUCUGAGGUUGAUGGGGAGCCGGGUUUGCUACAGCUGUCAGAGGGGGUGGUCUCCCCGAGAUUUCAGUGGAGGUGGGGUGGGGUGGGGGGCGUCCCUUGCACCCAUCUGGCCUGGCGCAAGCUGCUUUCUUGUUUUUCUAGUCUAGUUCUCACUGCCUUACUUAAAUCGAGUUGAUACACUUAAUGCAACUGUUUCUAUGAGCCUAGAGAAAGGACUGAGAUGUUACUGAAAACUUUCUGAGUGUAGUAAGCUUUAGGAUUUUAACUGCACUACCGUGUUUGGUGACUGUGCCAGUCGCUUGCUUUCUGUGUGUUUGCCCCGCUUUUGGUAUCUUAGCAAAGAAAAAGAAAAAAAAAAGAAAAAAAAAAAAGAAAAAAAAGAAAAAAGAAAAAAAAGAGGAAAAAAAGUGGAAAAAAAAAUGAGAGCCACAUUCCAUUUCUAGCACUCGGGAGCUCUUCGAGUAUUCGUUGUGUCUUCUGGGCAUCGUCAGAUGCGGCAGGCAAUAAUUCUGUUUGUGACACUGGGAACACCCCCUCUCCUUUGUGGCGUGCGUGUGGAUUUCCAUUUUGUCCAGUGUGAGCCAUCCUGAUUCCCCCUCUGACACAGGCCUUCUUUCCAGAACAUUUGUAACUUGUAAUACAAACAAGUGACAGCCGCAGUGAUGCAGUGUCAGUUUCUGAAUGUCAUCAGGUUCCCAUAUCUAAACAUGUCAAGUCCUUGCCCUGUAACUUUGUAGUCUGUGAUACUGUCUCCAUUCCUGCACCGAGAAAACAACAUCUAUCUUGGAGGAAAUCUGAGAUCCAUAGAGUAGAGGAUUUUGUUGCUAUGCUUGUAACAAGUAGAGAACUUUGUAUUUAAAGUUUAUUCUUGGUCAUUAUUUAUUAUUAUAAUACAUCAGUUGACAGAACUUUAUUCUGGUAUAGAAAGUAUUAAAAGUUGUUUUUUCAGCAAUGACUGUUUUCUUUCUGCUGUUAGAAUAAAAUGUCUUUGAAGCAG